AUGCGCUCAAAAGCCCGAUUGGGCUUAUUAUCUGGGGAGGUCUUAUUUUCAGGGAAACAGGGUAGUACUUUGAAGGCUUGACCAAAAUAGCUUCUGAGAGUUUCAGCCAAGGGAACAUGCCAUCAUCGUGCCAACGUUCUUCUUGAGAGUGAUUUAUCUUCCCCUCAUGUUUUCAUAUUUAAUGCCCUAUUUUCAGUUUGACUUCUCAAGUAAGGCUCCGGAGACAUCUGACGAGGCCAUCCCUCAAAAGAAACCCACACGAUACCGAAGAGCUAUAAGCUAUGACAGCAAAGAAUAUUACAUGCGCUUGGCUUCUGUAAACCCAGCUGCCUUUCAAGAUGCCAUUGAAGAGAGUUCUGAAGGGGAAGCUGCACAACAAGAACCCGAGCAUGGCGAAGAUACGAUCGCAAGAGUUAAAGGUCUUGUUAAGCCGCCAUUAAAGAGAUCUCGUUCGGCACCUGAUGGGGGCGAUGAGGAGAACCAGGAGCAGCUCCAGGAUCAAAUAGCUGAGGGCAGCUCGAUAGAUGAAGAGGAAAAAACUGAUAACACAACUUUGCUUCGACUGCUUGAAGAAGGAGAGAAG